CACGGCUGCCGCCGCCCCAUAGCGGCCCUCCUCCCCUCCCACACGCAGUCGGGAACCAGUCGGGAACCAGUCGGGCGACGGCGCUGCGGGGCCGCAGGGGAUGGGAUGGGGCGGCUGCAGGGGAUGGGGCGGCUGUAGGGCGCAGCCGGAGAUGUGGGGUGCGAACGGCGGCGUCUGGAAGAGGAGAUUCAGCUGCUAUGCCCCCCGCGAGGCGCAGGGCUGCACGCCGCCCCCCCCCCGCAGCGUUUACCGACGGCUUCACGACGACCCCCGCUGGAGCCCCGCCGCCCCCCCCGGUAAAUCCGAACCUGGGGACUCCGGCCUGGAGACGGGCGGCACCGAAAGCCCGGCCCGAAGCGCGGGGGGGGCCGGGAGCGGCGUCUGUGGGGACGCGGCCGGGAGACCCCAAAGGGGACGCGGCGCCGACCCCCCCCGGGAGCCCCGCAGCCGCAUCCGCAGGCAGCGAUGGCGCAGCGUCGGCGGCGGAGACCCCAAAGACUGCGGGGAUCCCAAAGCCCGCGGCAUCGGGAGCCGAUCGGGAGCCAAGGAGCGCGGCGCCGGGGUUCCCGAGGAGAAAGGCGACGGCGCCCCCAAAAACUGCGCCUUCGAGGUCCCUACAGACCACGGCGUUUGGGUCCCCAAAGAUCGCGGCGUUGGGGUCCCCCAAACCUCCGGCGUUUGGGUCCCCAAGGAGCGCGGCUGCGGGGUCCCCAAACCCUGUGCCGCUGGGGACCCCAAAGCCCGCGGCUCGGGGCUCUGCCAGUUCUGCCAGCCGCGUGGCGACGGCGGCCCCAAGGGGCAUCAGGACGGGGUCCCCCAGGAGCGCCGCGUCGGGGGCCUCAAGGAAGGCGGCACCGGGGGCCCUAAAGCUCGCGGCGACGGGGAUCCCAGGAGCUGCGACACCGGGGUCGCCGCCCCCCCCGGCGCGGUGCCGCCGGCUCAGGGGCUGCGGUACCUGGAGCUGCUCUGCCGGACGCUGGAGCGCCUGGCGCGGCUGCAGGAGGACAACCGGCAGCUCCGGCAGCGGGGCGGCGGGGGUCCCGGAUCUCUGCGCGCCCCACCGCGACCCCCAAGCGACGGAGGUGGGGGUUUGGGGACGGGCAGAGCGGAGCCGUUCCGGACGCGUUCGUGUUCCGACAGCCACGCGGCAGCGCACAGCCCGGCCCGGCGCAGGGCGCAGUGGGGGCACUCGAUCAGCUCCCCCAGCCUCCUGGAGCCCACCGAUGCCCCCCCGGCACCCCACAAGGGCGGCCGUUCGCAUUGGGGUCGGGUGAAGGUGCUGCUCACCCGCCUCACCCGGCGCUCGCUGCGGGGUCGCUGACCCACGGCCGCCCCACAGCGCGGCGCCCCACACGGCGUGGGGCCGGGCAGCAUCACAGAUCCACGCUGCGUUGCGGCUCAGCCUGACCCCCGACCCUGACCCCUAACCUCGACCCUCCAACCCAGCCCUUAACCCCAGCCCUCACCCCAUCACCCUGACCCCAACCCUGACCCC